CUUUCGUAUUUGUAAACACUAAACAGUGAGGUUGGUGACAAAUGAUGGCUGUGGUGUGCGCGUUGCGAGAGAAAGUCGUUCAUUUGAUAAAGUUAAGACAACAGUGCGUUGCAGCAAUUCGUAAUAGUGUUAAACAUAAUUUCAGUGUUAGUGCAAAUGAAGCUGAGUAUACAGAAAGACCAAAAUAUCCACCUAUUUUAGACCUAUCACGGCGAGCCAUUAGGGAACGUAAGGAAAGAGAGUGGCACGAAAAGAUCAGGUCUUUGGAAACCGUGGAAGAAAAGCUCUUCGCGUUAAACUUGCCAAGAUAUUAUGGGUGGAGGUCAUUAAUGUUAACAGAGGGUCAUUUACUGUACGAUACGUUCAAAUUUUUCCGAUAUAUUACGAGAACACAAUUUUCUUCUGUAGAAGAACUGCCGUUUAGUUUUGAAAAUAAUGGCACUUUAUCAGAUAAUUUGUUCAACAAAAUUAAGAAUGAUGUCCAGGACGCACUGGUAUUAGAGUACAAAUGCAGAAGGAGGAAGGAAGAACUGGAUGGCAGAAAUAAUCUGGAUGAGGGUAAAAUGGAAAAUGCAGUUGCAGCCUCUGUAAUAAAACAAAUAAACAGAAUUUUACUGGCAAAUUUAUCACCUUUUAUUCCACAUCUUCUAACAGCUCAGGUUGACUUUGAACCUCGUGUAGAAGCAUUUUGGUUCGUUGGAGGAAUGGAACCAAGUAGACGACAACGUAAAGGAAGAGAAGGCAUGAAAUUUCUUACUAAGGAAGAUGUGGAAAGGCCAGCUGAUAGGCCGGUACAGUAUCUUGGCUCACCAGUGCUACAACUGAGGCAUGAACUUCCAUUGCCAGUCGUCAAUACUGGGAGACUGCAACCAGAAGGAGUCUCAUCUAUAGAACAUUUUCAGUUUGAUCCUAGAGUCUUAGGUUAUGGCUUCACCCAUCGGAAUGGUACUACUAUACCAGGUUUUUGGCCAGGAGAUGAUUGUGAAUUUGGUCUAACUUCUUUCCAUACAAGAGGACACUUGUAUCACAGACGAGAAUUCUGUAGCACUUACGAUGAGGAGGAAGCUUUACACAGUCAAGCAAUCUUGGCUUCCUAUGCAUGGCUUCUGGCACAAGCCUGUUACAAAGGUUUCUCUACAUACAAUGAUGUGACUUAUCCAUUUGUCACUCAAACUGUUGUAACAAAUGGUCAACUGUGGUCACUUUAUACUUAUCAGUUGAACACAACCUUGGUACAUUCUGAGUAUGCAUUAAGGAAUGAGGAAUGCAAUUUCUGCUGGGGUACAGCCCCCUUAAAACUGUUUGAAGAAGUGCAAGACACAGAAGUUGUAGGUUUUAAUGACAAGCUGCUGAAGAUGAUUAUUGCGUUGUACACUACUGCACCACAAGAGAGAGUGGGAGUGAACCUGCGGCCAUAUCUGAAAGAGGGCAAACAUUUGGUUGCACUCAUUGAUGAUCCAGAACGAAGAGAAUGGCUUGAAACUAGGUUCAAACAUAUGUAUUCUUGUAGACCACGAAUGAGGUUGCCAUAUGAAUUAUAUCAUUGGGAGAAGAUAUACAAGGUGGACCAUAAAACUAGACCUAUGGAUGCUCGCAGACGCCCAUUUGAGCUAGGCAUCAAUCCAUUCAGACGUCAGUAUGAUGAACAUGUACCAGAGUACAUUCCAAAAAGUCUGCGGCCAGAGGAGGACAAGAAAACUAAGUGGAAGAAGACUUAUUAUCCCUUGUCAGAAAAUGUUUACAAGAAAAGUAGAAAGUAGAUUUGUGAUCUGCAAAUUUGUUAUUUUGUAAGCAUUGAAUAUUGUGAAUAAAGUUGCCAAAAAUAAAAAUAAAA